AUGGAAAAUUGGGGGUCGUAUUUGUUUUACGUGAUUGUGGUCCUUUUCAACCCGGUUAGGGAUGGUGUUAAAUUAACAGUGUCUGGUGUGCUUCUGAGAGGAGAAGGGGCAUCCUUUCCUGAGACGGUUUAUAUUGCCUGGGAACACUCUUAUAGGGCCCAUCGUCUUCAACACGCCGACGUUCAGAUGACGUACAAAGCCAGCGGAAGCGGAAGGGGCAAGGCAGCCAUCAAGCGAGGUCCGAAUACAGUGGUGGAAUACGCCGGAUCCGAUUCUAUUCUUACAGAAGACGAGUAUGCCAAGCACCCCGACUUGAAGAUGUUUCCAACCAUGGCUGGCGCCCUCGUCCUAGCCUACAAUAUUCCUGGUGUCGGCAAUCAUCUCAAUUUGACCAGGGAGCAAGUUGUUGGAAUCUAUAACGGAACCUAUACUAGAUGGAAUGACUCCACCUUCCAGGCUUCCAAUCCUGACACCAACUUUCCCAACGCGACCAUCGUCGUAGUGGCAAGGGCAGAUAAAUCCGGCUCCACGGCCAUGUUUACACAGGCUUUGAGUAUGUUCAGCGAGGAAUGGCGGACGAGGCCUCGAUCGGGGCAAUUUAGCCUGGGCAGAAACAACACGUCGGGCAAAGCCUACCAUUGGGAUCCGAAUGUUGUGAAACUAUUUGGAGAGAAGACGAGAGGGAUGUCCGGAUUGAUCUUGUCCAUACCAUACACCAUAGGAUACUUGUCGGUGGCGGACGCAGCGGAUGUUACCGACAUUAUGUUCGCCGACCUACAGAACGAAGCUGGAUUUUACAUUACACCCAACACGCACACUGUGCAGUCGGCCAUGGAGUACUACUCUAAACAAGGUACGGGUCUGACUUCUGUCAUUUCCGACAGCCCGGAUGAUGACUCGUACCCCAUCGCUGGGUACACCUACUUUAUAGUGUACAUGACUCAGAUGACGCUUUGCGAUAGAGCCAUAGAGUUAGUUAGGUACGUCAACUACUUCCUAACGGAAGAGGCAGCAAGGGCUGAAUGCAUACAGCAAAGCAUGGUGCCUCUUAGCAAUGCUGUUGUGAACACUAUCCUCAAAGAGGUUCUAAGUGCUAUGAUGUGCGGUCCAGACGGCGACAAGCGUAACGUUUGGAAACUCUUCCAGGAGCAAAAGAACAAAGAGUAUUGGGAGAGUCAAACGUGGAGAACGCCUGUGGCGGUAACAAUAACGUUACUCAUAGCCGUCCUAAUUGGCGUCUUUUCAUAUUUUAUCUAUCACAGAGUAAAACUUCGACAAAUGAUCGACAACAACGAAUGGGAUAUCCCCAUCGAAGACAUUGUGUUUUACUUCGACGACAAAGUCAUGUCUGGUUGGAAGUCUAAAUUGACUGGUUUUCGCUCUGUGAAGUCUUUCAGAUCAUUGGACGACAUUCCAGAGGGAGCAGAGCUGCUAAACCACAUUCUCCAAUGGCCUGGUAAAUACAAAGCGAGCCAAAUCGGUUUGCGCCUUAUGGAAAUGAAAAAUCUGAACACUCUGCACAGGGAGACAAAGAGGGCAAUGUUAUGGAUGCGAGACUCGGUCAUUCAUACGAAUGUGGUUCGGUUUUUUGGUCUAACAGAGCUUGAUGAGGACAGAUACGUUAUAAGUGAAUACUGCUCUAAAGGCCCAAUGACUGACAUCCUUCAGGACGAAAAAUAUAACUUUACUUUAAAUUUUAAAUUUUCCCUCUCAAACGAUAUCGCUAGUGGACUGUAUUAUUUACACGCUCAGGGCAUCACUCACGGCAGCCUGAGGUCCGCCUCCUGUUUGAUAGACAGUCGAUGGAAUGUGAAGAUUGCAGACUGGGAAUACUGCAAACUGUUAACUUGUCAGAACGCUCAGAAAAGCCCACUGACUGUUUUGCGCAAAAACAGUUCUGACACCAGUAAACACGUAACUGCUUUUAGGGAGUUUUGGACAGCACCCGAGAUCCUGGAGUCAGAGUUUCAGAAGCAGCCGUCGACGAGCAGCGAUGUAUACAGUUUCUCUAUUAUCCUUCAGGAGAUCUUCACCCGAGAGGACCCUUACGCCGAACACGCCGACGUUCUCACACCGGAAGAGGUACUCCAGGCGGUGCUUAAUAACGGCCUGAGGCCUCGCUACUCGAACGAUACACCGGUCAUGGUGCGGCAGAUCAUGGAAAUCGGCUGGGCGGAAGAGCCCUACCAACGGCCAAGCGUCGAGCAAAUUUUGAAGAUGUUGCGGCACGCCAAUCCAUCACGCAAGAGCAUGCUGGACAGUAUGAUGGAAGCGAUGGAGGAAUACACGUCCCAUCUAGAGGAGAGGAUAGAAGAACGUACCUCAGAGCUCCUAGUGGCCAAACAUAACAUAGAAUCGCUGCUGAGUGGACUCAUCCCCACCCACAUCGCGUCAAAACUGGCCAACGGCCAGGCGGGGCAGGCUCGUGAAGCCGAGGUAUAUAACAGUAUGGCUGUGCUCUCUGUGGAGAUCUUGGACUUCCCCGACGUUUCCGCUUUACCGUCCCCUUCAGACGCCGUGUCUUAUCUCAACGACGUCAACGCCGAAAUUGAAUCUGUGAUAAAGAAGUAUGAAAUCUUCCGCGUCGCCGUUGAAGGUGACAAUUACACGCUGGUGUCAGGGUUUACGGUGAAGGAGUCCGGCGAAGACUCGGCGGCCAUCCAAGUGGCUCAUUUGGCCCUGGACAUCACCGAGACAGUCACCAGACUGCCUCAGCCCUCCUUUCAUACGCGGCCCAUCAGGCUACGCUACGGGGCCCACGUUGGACGGGUCAUCGGUGCUCUGAUGGGAGCAAACUCACCAAGAUUCUGUAUCCUGGGAAAUGCAGUUAAAAUGUCUGUUCAGUUAAAACAAACAUCUGUACCCAGUAAAAUCCACGUGUCUGCAGCCUUCCGCCAUGUCGUCAGCAAGAAGGGAUUCCAUACAGAAGAGCGCUCCAACAAACCCAACGCGAUGCUUGACCAUAAGGAGAAGACAUAUUGGCUGACAGGCAGAGACUGUGUACACGUUGACAUGUCGUCUGAGCUCUCGACUGACUCGGGAAUUGACGUAAUCACGAACGAGAAACAAGUACCUACAAAAACGGCUCAUCCCAAAAACAGAUCAGUAGAGACACUUGUUACAGCGAAAGCCGAACCACAGAAGACAUGGGCGGACAGCGUAGCAGCAUCCGGUGCCCACCAGAAACCGUCACAAGAGGAAAGAUGGAGAGAAAUAUUUACAAAUCCCAAUGAAACACCGACCACGUCAAAGGUGUUGGGAGAAGUAAUAGAACUCACCGACGUUUCAAACUGCGGGGAAUGUUCUGAAGGAAUGUCCGGUGAGUUGAAAAGUACAGAGAUACCGAUGUUUUUCCCGUCGUCUACUAAAAAUAAACGUCAGCCCGUGAAAAAAACGCAGGACGCCAUUGUGGUUGAAAGUUAUAGCCGACCCGGAAGUCCAGACGAAGAAGGACUUGAAUGUCCUCAAGCGCCUGCCUCGAAAUCCGUGAAGUCCAAAGUCAAUAAGGUAGCUCCUUUGAUUUAUGUUUGAGGACGACCCGCAUCUGGUAAAAGACUAAAAUCAGCAAAUUGAAAUAUUAGAUAUAUUUUUAUAAAUAUUGUAGGACAUUUAAGUGACCUUAAAAGCAUGAUGGUGUCUAUGUGCUUUAGGUUAUUGGGACGUGUUGGUUGUCAAUUUCCUCCGAGAACAGAAGCCCAAGAAUGAUCAUUAUUUGAUCUAGAAAUGUGGAAUUCAAGGUUAUUCUGUACUGUCAUUCGUAUUUGCAGCUUAAAAGACGAAUAAAAUAAAUAAAUAAAUAAAUAUGUCAUCCGUAUUUGAAACCGCCAUGCAGACAUCACACAAACACCGUGGAUUGUAGAAAAGCUUUAGAGUAGCUGACACUUAUUGACCAUUGACACUCGAGCUUUUUCUUGUCAACUGCUGAGCAAAUGAACAUUGGCUAAUGUUAACAAAUGUAGCAGGGUGCCUUGCUCAGUACACUUUUAUUCUCUCUGCAUGGAAACCUUCAAAUGUAAAACGAUACCUAAUAGGUGAGUUUCGAGUUCGAACUCUUUUGUCGUUGAAGUUAGAAAAAAUCCAGCUGUGUCAUUUUACCGGUCAAAAAUGUUAGGCAACUAUUUUUGAUCACAUGCACUAUAACAUGGGCGUCUAAGAUAAGUGUCAUAAAAAGUAUUUUAAAGGAGACGAGUGAUACAGAAAAAUGAGAAUACUGAAUGUUUGUGAAGUUGAGAAGUUCUUAAAGAAAAAGAGGUGUCUUUUGUGCCAGUAGAAAAGGGUGAGAAAAAGUAAAUUAAUUUCAACAAAGGUUGCCUAACAUUUUUCACAUCUCACAUGACACAGUGGGACUGUUUUUACCUUUGGCGACUAGAGUUCGAUCUAGAAACUCCCCUAUUGCUUUGUAGGCUGCUUCAGCAUUGUGCCCUUUGUAAUGCCUUGUUGCGGUUUUCAAAAGUAUUUUGUGUAAAGUUGUAAAGAAUAACAAAAGUAAGCAAUGUUAUAAUUUAUAUUGGUUGAAGUCUUAUUUUAUAUGCACAUCUGUUUGAAAAUAAGCU